AGGUAAGGGAAACGGUUACAACUGAGAAUUGAGCAUGCUCUAUUCAUGCUGGCCUGGGAGUCCUUUUCAGUACUGGAGAUUUUUUUUGUUGUUUUUUUUUAAUAGCACCCUUUUCUCCGACCGUAGACGACUUCUUUUUCUUUUGUCUACGGUUUGUAAGCUACAGCUUAGUGAAAUCUUUCUAAUUACUGCAAAGAGCUUCAGCUACUGCUACGGAGUAUGGUAGGAUUUGAGCAUGCUCAGCAGUAAGAAGCUCGGCUUGGCUCUUACGCUCCGCCCCUUCCCUACAGGAAGGGAAGAAGUUCGGGCGCCGAGGUUCGAGUUGUGCAUCGCGGAGGCUAAUUUGUAUUCAUUGGCAGUGGAGAUUUCCAGGAUAAUGGCAUCCUCAAUGUCUGAAGACAUAGAACCAUGGUAUUCACAAAAAAUAUAUGCAAGAUACUGGAAGCAUUACAACCAAGCUAUGCAGUGGAUGCACAGGCACAAAAUUGCUUACAGUAAAGCAAUGGAGUCCUUUUAUCAUCAGUCCAUCUUCCCUUCUGAUCGUUCCCAUCGACGUUAUUCUGACUGGGAUGAAGGUAAUUCCUAUUCUGCCUACAGCAGAAGUGGCAGGCACUGGCAUCCACCAAGGCCUCAGCUUAUAUCUCACGGCAAAAACACAGGAGUGGACAGAGAUUCCAAGAUAGAAAAUGGGUCUGAAGAUGAAGAGGCAAUAGAGUAUGACCUGAGCAACAUGGAAAUCACAGAAGAACUCCGCCAGUAUUUCGAACAGACUGAGAGGCACAGGGAAGAGCUGCGAAAACAGCAGCAGCUUGAGGCAGAACACCAAGACACAUAUGUCAAGGCGGACCAUGACCUUCACCCAUCAGUUGGCCGAUCAGCACAGCCCCCAGCUGAAAAGCCUGGCGAGAGGAGGCUGGCUGAAAUGAAAAAGCUCUAUGGAGUAGGUGCCAGCAAAAUCCAGGCUAUGGAGACCACCAUGCAACUCAGCUUUGAUAGGAACUGUGAUAAAAAGCAACCCAAGUACUGGCCAAUUAUUCCUCUGAAACUCUGAGCUGUGUGUCUUGAUCCCUUUUUGAAGACUCAGGGCUGCAUAUCUUGACGCUCAACCAAGCAGAAGGAUUAAGCGAAUGAAUCCAGAGUCAGCAAAAAGAGCCUUUUUUAUUUUCCUUUCUCCUUUCCAAUUCUUCUUUGAAUCCGUCAGCCAGCUUCCAGAGUCCAUUCCAGCUCAACAGGAAGAGCUGAAUUGGUCAUUUGUACUGUAGGGAAUACAGAAAAUUCACUUCUUCUAAAAAACAUAUAUUUUAACUAAUUGUAAUGUUGGCUUGCCAUGGCCUUACACAAAAUGGAAUAGCUUUUGUUUUUUACUUAGUUGUGCUGGGGGGAGGGGGAGUUAAAGCAUAGAACAAUUGUUAUGAAUUGCUAGAAAUCAAGUUUGAGUUUUUCAUGUUUAUACUACUUUUGCCAUUUACUGAUACUCUGGACACAGCUUGAAAUAGUUGGCAAAGUUAUGAUGUAUUCAAUAACCAUAGUAUAGCUAUUUGAGUUAUUCCUCAUUCUUUUCAAUAGAACAGGAAGUUUCUCCUUGAGACUGAAAUGUGACCUGUAAGGUUUCAGUUCAAAACCACAUUUUUACCCAUACUGGUUUGUCCAUCUUUGCUCUGUAACUAGUUAAUAAACAUUUACAGAUUAAUACGGGUGGUUGACUUGGUGCCAAGCUGCAUUAAGCUGGUUAGAAAGUAAAGAAAUCUUAAUAAACGAGCAUUUCUUUUUUAAAAA